AAUCGCCUGGCUCAGCCUACUCUCGUCGUAGUCACACUUAAUAAACACAAAGAGAAACAGAUACAAAUAAUAUAUACAUAAAUGCACUAGAACACAAUCCGAGAUCCUGCUGGAGCCACCAAAAUGCCGGCGAACAUAGUGACCACGGAGCAGGUUGCUCACCAGCGCUCCUUCAUCGACAGCAUGAGCAAGGUGUCGCGGUCCUGGUGGACGCGCUUUGCCUGGUAUCCGCGGAUGCAGGAGUGCCACUACCGUCGCAUCGACCAGAUCUACCUGGAGAGCCGGCAAAUGUACGGCGAUGAGCACUUCCUGCUCUACGCCACCCGCCGGCGCCUGGACAAGAAGUUCACGCAGACGGCGGCCAAUGCGGAGGAGCGAUUGGAGAGACAACAGACCAUGGAGAUCGAUGGCUCCGUGAACGUCACGGUGCCAAAAACAACGAACGGGAUGUACGGCCUCUUGAAGCCCACGAGCCUGCACUUCUGCUAGUCGGAGUCCACCUGGAGUUCCCCGAAGGGAAAGGGAGCACCCUCCGGCCCAGAGGCAGAGGCAGACACUUGCAAUUAAACUAUCAUCGUCCACUGACAAUGCAACUCUCAAUGGCCGUCACUCAUUACGCGAUUUUUGCAUGACCGUGCGCAUAAUUAACAAGGUGAAAAUGCCUCAGGUUCCCUACACCGGAAAGUUCGCACAGGUAAUUAAGUGAUCGCGUCUGUCCACUCGAUGAGAUGACUCGCCUCGUUUGUUCGUCGGCUUGGAAACGGUUUUUAUCUUUAUUCAAAAUGGGAAAUAUUUCAUACUAGCAUUUCGCUAGGCAUUGGAAUUACUUAUUGAAACGACACGGGAGUCAAUCAAGGGAGAAAUGGAGGUCGAAAUGCACCAUAGUAUCCCUGUCUACCCAAGAGUCGUGCUAAUAUCACAGGCUUCCUUGCUUUAUUAAUGUAUCUUACAAGCGAUUAAUAUGAUGUAUUUAAUAUUUUCAAACAUUGGGAGUAAAAUUAACAAUUAAUAUGUAUCUCAGGAAGAGAAGCCACAUCUCAUAUUUUAAAUUUAAAAGUCUUUAAACAAGAAUGAAUGCA